AUGAAGAUUAAAUUCAGACGUAGAAACAUAGUACACAGUGUGGGAGCAUGGAGCGUAUUUUGUCUGCGUAUCCACUAGAAUACAAAACCAAUUCUCUUUCAAAUUACUUCAUCUCUUGCUGUACCGUGCUGUCCUGUCAUAACUACUUUGAAAGAAAACGACCCUCCCCUCUCCUAUCUCCCUCCUUCUAUCUCAUGCUCUCUCUUCAUUUUUAGUUUUUUGGGCUAAAAAACAAUGAAUUGAAGUGUGUUUCAGGCUUCCCAGUUUCGACUUCAGCUUCACUCCUCCAACCCCAUAAUAAUUAAAAAAAAAAAAAAAAAACGCCAACAAAAACAAUAGCUGAAGAAAAGAUACUUCAUUCACUCAUUCAAUUUCCAUCGUAGACCAAGACAAUUAAGCCAUGAAACAGUUACACAAGCAAUCAAGCGUGAACCAUAGGCGAGAUGAGGAGAUACCUUCAACCCAAACACCUCCUUACUCACCCAAAUCCUUAAAACACCCCAGAUCUCUCCCUAGAUCCAUUAAAUAUCUCUUCAAAGAACAACGACUUCUCUUUAUCCUCGUCGGCAUUUUAAUUGGCUCCACUUUCUUCAUCCUCCAGCCUAAUCUCUCUCGCUUAGGCCCAACCGAUGCCCGUUCUUCAAUCCCCAUAUCUUUCUCCACAGACGCCGCCGCCGUCGUUUCCCACACCCAGGACUUCUCUGGUUCCUAUUCCUCCCAUUCCAACAGGCCUAUCCAUAGCAAGGUGGGUCGGGUCCCUGUUGGGAUCGGACGGCGGAGAAUGAGGAUCGUGGUCACGGGUGGGGCUGGGUUCGUCGGGAGUCAUCUUGUUGAUAAGCUAAUUGGAAGAGGCGAUGAAGUGAUUGUUAUUGAUAAUUUCUUCACUGGAAGGAAAGAGAAUGUGGCUCAUCUUUUCGGGAAUCCGAGGUUCGAACUCAUUCGACACGACGUCGUCGAACCAAUUCUCUUAGAAGUGGAUCAGAUCUAUCAUUUAGCUUGCCCUGCUUCUCCGGUUCAUUAUAAAUAUAAUCCUGUCAAGACCAUCAAGACAAAUGUGAUGGGUACUCUUAAUAUGUUGGGGCUUGCAAAGAGAAUUGGGGCGAGGUUUUUGCUCACGAGCACCAGUGAGGUUUAUGGUGAUCCGCUUCAGCAUCCACAGAAAGAAACCUAUUGGGGAAAUGUCAAUCCAAUUGGCGAGAGGAGUUGCUAUGAUGAAGGAAAAAGGACGGCUGAAACCUUAACCAUGGAUUAUCAUCGAGGUGCAGGUGUUGAGGUGCGAAUUGCUCGUAUUUUCAACACUUAUGGGCCUCGCAUGUGCUUAGAUGAUGGACGUGUUGUUAGCAAUUUUGUUGCUCAGGCCAUUCGGCAGCAACCGAUGACUGUUUAUGGUGAUGGGAAACAAACACGUAGCUUCCAAUAUGUUUCUGAUUUGGUGGAUGGACUUGUUGCUUUAAUGGAAGGUGAGCACAUAGGGCCUUUUAAUCUGGGCAACCCAGGAGAGUUCACUAUGCUUGAAUUGGCUGAGGUUGUGAAAGAAACAAUUGAUCCAAGUGCAACCAUAGAAUAUAAACCAAAUACUGCAGAUGAUCCACAAAUGAGGAAACCGGAUAUCAGCAAAGCAAAGGAGCUGCUGAACUGGGAGCCAAAAAUCUCUCUAAGAGAUGGGUUGCCUCUUAUGGUGAGUGAUUUCCGGAAUCGCAUUUUGAAUGAAGAUGAAAGUAAAGGAGCUUAACUGAAAAAGAAAUAGUGGAACAAGUAUGUAUAGUGUGAAGAGCAGCUCUAUUUUGUCAAUUCAUUUUAUUAUUAUCAUCCUUGUUAUACAUUACCUGGAAAUUUAUCAGUUCAACCACUCUAUAGGAAGAUCUGUUGUUCCUUCUUUUUAUGAUAAUCAGUUCUAACCGAGUAAUUGGAUAGAUACUGUUAUGGUUUUUAGUCUUGCCCUUUGGCCUUUGGUUCUUUGGUGGUCUGGCGGAAGUUGAAUGUUCAUCUUCUUGGUGCUGAUUGGUUGAUCAUGCCUUUUCAAAGGCUUCACUUGGGCUUUGAUUGGGUUGAUUGGCUCAUUUGUAUGUUAUUCUUCCUAAGUUCUAGCAAAAUUUAUAUAUAUAUAUAU